CUCCGGGCACCAAGUCUCUGCUGCCGCCACCUGGUUGUAAAUGGGAAAUUUAAAAUCUCAACAAGAACAUGUUUGCGGCAGCCGUGAGGCUGGAGUGUCGUUGCUCGUUGAUAAGUGUCGAUUGGAACGUUUUAAGCAAAAUGAUUUCUUAUAUUUCAUCCUGCUGGAGGAACAGCCGGCCGGGCAGCACCCGCGGAGAAGUGGACAGUCGCCGUUUCGGGCCGAGACCCUUCGUCUGUGGGCGGCUGCCACCUAGAGGCCGGGCGCAGGGUUGCCCCGGCGCGCGCUUUCUCCGUUAGCGGGCGCGGCUCGCGGCCCACGGCCCGGCUUCCGCAAUGGACUGGUGGCAGCUCGACCUCAACCCCAAAGUGGUGGUCGCUGUUAGAAAAGACACACAAAUUACAUGGCCAUCCCAGGCUGUGGGAGAUUCUUGAAGGUGCCUCCAUGGUCUUUUGGUCAAAGUGAGCAUAAAAGCAAACUUUCAUUCAAUGAAAGAGAUCUUGAAGUUGUCAGGACCAGAUCUGCAACGGCUCACUAAACUGUCCAAUCGUGAUGUGCAUUAUUUGCAUAAAACUGUUGCUGCGGCUAUAAAGAGUGAUCCAGUGGUAACAGCCCUUCAGAUAUACAAUGGACAGUGUCCUUUUCCAACUCAGAAUCAAAGACUUAGUAUGGGUUGCCCAGUAUUGGACUUGCUACUAGGAGGUGGAAUUCCAUUAAUGGGGAUUACGGAAAUUGUCGGAGAGAGUUCAUCAGGGAAGACUCAGAUCUGCAUGCAGCUCUGUUUGUCUGUACAGUUCCCAUGUAAUUAUGGUGGACAAGAAUCAGGUGCCGUGUAUAUUUGUACAGAAGAUACAUUUCCAAAUAAACGUUUGCAGCAAUUGAUUGCCUUUCAGCCUGUGUUAAGAGCUGAUGUACCUGCUGAUGUUGUCAACAAUAUUAAGUUUGGUAAUAACAUCUUUAUUGAACACGUUGCAGAUGUGGAAUCAUUCAAUCACUGUCUUAGUAAAAGAUUACCAAUAUUACUGUCACGUGGUUUGAUACGCCUAGUGGUGAUUGAUUCCAUUGCAGCUUUAUUCAGAUGUGAAUAUGCAGCCAGUAAUUCCAUUGCAAAAGCCAGACGUCUUCAGGAGUUUGGUGCCAUGCUCCACCAUCUCAGCCACAGGUUUACCAGCCCAGUCAUCUGUGUUAACCAGGUAGCAGAUGCAGUAAGUGAUUCUCAUUUGGCUCAGAAUCAGUUAGGCAUAUUGGACAGAAAAGUGUUACCAGCUCUAGGUUUGACCUGGUCAAAUCAGCUCUUGAUGAGGUUAAUGGUUAGUCGAACACAAAUCUACAUAGAAGACGAGCUUCCUGAUGGCAAUGUUUGUGACUCAAAUACUGGGACAGUUCUACGAAGAAUGGAAAUUAUUUUUGCCCCUCAUCUUCCCCAAACAUUCUGCAACUAUAUAAUCAGUAAAGAAGGUGUAAGGGGAAUGAAAGGAACUGAAGUAUAACCAAGGCUGGACCUAACCUUUUUUCUCCCACUGCAAUAUUUUUCUUGUCAUUGCAUAUCCAAUAAGGUUAUCUCCAUCAUCAACCUCCCUCCAUGUCAGAAUGAUGUAGUAUUUCAACAUAAUUUUAUAAUAAUUUGUGGUGAUUUUAUUAACAUAAUUACUAAUGUUUACAUUACCUAUAGCGGUUUAUAUUUGUGAUCCUGCCUUUAUUUUUCAAAAUCACUGUUUUCUAAAAGCUGGCUGGUCCAGACAUCCUCAAAUUCUCUUGUUCAUUUGAACGAUUAUUUUCAAAAUAAUUCACAGCUAUAACCAAAAUAAUUUGGCAGUUUAAGGCUGUCACAACUUGUAGCUUUGCUGCAUUUUAUUUAAUUCUGCAAAUAAAACUUUUAACAGGAACAAAAUAGUGAGCAGAUUUUAAAAAAGGAUCUUCUGAAUAUUUAUCAAAUUUUUGUGGACUUCAUUAAGUUUCUCUGCUUCAGUAAUUGUACUUUUAAAAAUUAAUACUGCGGAUUCUGUCAUUGUAAAAUCACAAGUUAUUCAACUGAAAUGUCUCUUGUGCCUAAGAAGUUAAACCAAGUAUUUUUUUAAGACUAAUGACAAGUAAUUCUUGUAGUUGAACUGUGGCAAUGAAUCACAGCCUGUUAAUUGGCAAAUGUUAUAAUCAUUCUGGCAUGGCUAGUAGAUAGCAAGAAAAUUCAUUGUUUGUAUGAAAUAAGUUCAAGUUGACAAGUGUUCCUUGUUAUUAAAAAGUGUAAUUAUUUUGCAAUUUAUAAACCUCUGCUUCACUUAGAAACCUAAUUUCUACAAUGUAGAUUGUGAC